UGAUAUACGGCAACACUAUUUUGUCGCUUUUCGUUGUUGUCAUUUGUUUUUCUUCCGUUCAAUCCGCCCGCGUUGUGAAAAUAAAAAUAAAACACAAAACCAUUACAAUUGGAAUCGCGAGCAACAAAAAGCAACAGCGGCAGUAGCACCAAAAGUAACCGCGGGGGCAAUAGUUGGAUUGCGAAUUUCUGGUGACGUCGCCGUCUUGCAGGGCGUAAAAGGCAAGAGCAAAGCAAACAAACGCGAAAGCGUAGUAGCGAUAAACGAACGUGAAAUACGCAGCAGAUAAAAUACAAUAAGAGCAGCAACGUCACGAGCACACAAAGAUUUAUUGCUCAAGUUUAAAUCUAUUAUUUUCGGCAUCUUUCGCGAAUCGCGGUGGCCGUGUAUGUGAGUGAUAGUGCGUGUGUGUUUGUGUGUGUGUGUGUUUGAAGAGCGCCGCCUCCCAAUAAAAGGAAUAUCUAAUACAACGGUAAAUGCAGCGCCGGAAAAAUGUGCAGCCUGACGCUAAACAACAUGGUCAACGUAACGCAGCAGGACCUCCACGAUCUAUUGGAAAUUUUCGAAAAAAAAUCAUUCGAGGCGGCGGCCUUUGAGGAAGGAACAGCGGAGUACGACAUCUCCAAGAAAUGCGAAUACCUGUUCAAACUCGACUACAGCCUCAUAGAGCUGGACAACUCGAACGGAUUGCUCAGCCCGCGAUACCCUGGCCGGAUACUCAUUCCCGAAUGCGAGCACGGACACAUGGCGAAAACACUGAUACCGGGAAAUGGACUUUUUGGUCCAGUUGGCGGUGGUUUGGGUGGAGGUGGGUCCUCGGGAACGACGGCAACGGCCACGCCACUGAACAGUAGUGCUGGCAGCACCGGAAGCGAAGGCGUGGGGAUCCAAGCCUUUGUCACGUUCGCCAAUCUGCAGACGCCACAGCAGUCGGCGGCGUCGAUGCAUCCACUCCAGCAGCAAUAUCCCUCACAGCCACAGUAUCCUUCCUCCCAGCAGCCACAUCCACUCCAGCAGCAACAGCAACAACAACCCGCGCAACAGCAGCCCCAACAUACGAUCUACGAGGACCAGUAUGACAUUCAGCGGAUGCGGGAGCUGGUAACGAUGGCCAAGUACGCGAGAUGCCGCCAAAGGUUCGCCGUGCCCGUGAUCAUGUAUCGCGGGAAGUACAUUUGCCGAUCGGCCACGCUAUCCGUGAUGCCGGAAACCUACGGCCGGAAGGUGGUAGACUAUGCCUACGACUGCCUGAGCGGUGGCAAUUAUACGGCGCCCAAUGGCGAGGAGAACGAUGCAGAUUCCACUGACGAAUCGCUGAUCAAUCACAUCCACGACCAGGCUCAGUCACAGUUUAGCUACGACGAGGUCAUCAAGAGCGACAUCCAGCUGCUUCACACGCUCAACGUCUCCACCAUUGUUGACCUAAUGGUGGAGAAUCGCAAGAUCAAAUACUUUAUGGCCGUUUCCUCGUCGGAAAAGGCGGAUCCCAACAAGCAUUACAAGAGUUUUAACCUGCUAUCGCUGCCGUAUCCGGGUUGUGAGUUCUUCAAGAAGUUCCGGGACAAUAACUACAUGGCUCGCAACCUGCACUAUAACUGGAAGCAGUCAUUUAACGAUGCCAAUAUCAAUAUACCGAAUCUGGGACCCGCCGCCGAUAUCGAUGUUGUGUGGCCGGAGUACCGUGACUGGGAUCUGGUGGCCAUUACGCAGAACUAUCUGCGUGCAACGCUCAAGUACGUGCAAGAGGAUAGUUCCGGCUUGCUGAUUCACUGCAUCAGUGGCUGGGAUCGCACACCGCUGUUCGUCUCGCUUGUCCGGUUAUCCCUUUGGGCAGAUGGACUGAUCCAUCAGUCGCUGAACGCCAUGCAGAUGGCGUACUUUACACUGGCCUACGACUGGUACCUGUUCGGCCACCAACUGCCCGAUCGCCUUAAGCGAGGCGAGGACAUCAUGUUCUUCUGCUUCCACGUGCUCAAGUUCAUCACGGACGAGGAGUACAGCAUUGUGGAGCAUCGCAAGCGGACCAAGACCUCAAGCAGCAGUGGCAGCAGUGUGAUAGUCAUCAAGUCCGAGGGCUGCGACGAUGAGCCGCUGAAGGAGGACUACAUCCUGGCCUUUGAUCAAGAUAGCAACGACAGCUACUCAAACUGUUCCAACUGUGAUAUGUCCAUAACAGAUAACUUUUAUGCCACAACGCCAGCGUCAGUCAAUCCGCUGACCAGCAGAUCGCCGAAUCCCAAGCGAUCCAGAACCAGUCCCAUCUCAGUGCCCGGAUCAAAUGCCCGGCAGCGCCAGGAGUCCACCUCAUCGAAUGGCAGCUGGCAGGUAGUCACGGAUACGGGCUCUAUAGACUCAAUGAUGAACGGCAGCUACAUGAUGCGGUUUGUGGCCCAGCAGCAGGCUGCGGACGGUGGCAGCAGCUCCUCGAACAUUCCUAUGUACAACGGUGGCAAUGGCUACCACUGCAGCAUCAAUGCGGCGUCGAGCGGCAGCGGCAGCGGAAGCGGCAGCAGCAUAAGCAAUGGCAGCGCAACGCACGGUUUCGCAAAUGGUUCCUCCAAAGAUAUUGGUGGCGGCAGCACCAUGGCCAGCAAGCAGUGCAUUAACUUACGAAAGCAACGCCUGAAUGCAGUGCGCGCCAUUUUUAUUCAAGCCUACGGCAAGACGAUUGGACUGAAAUUCAAGGAGGGCUCCUCCAUGAACCUCGCCACGUUCAUUGGCAACCUGGCGGACCAACUGUUUUGAGGCUGCAAAUUGUUAGCUCCCCCUCCACACAUUGUUUUGUUUCUUGUUGUUCAGUGGCUGCCUGCGGGCUUUUCACCAAACGACGACUGUAUUUUCGUAGACACCUGUUGAAUUGCGUUCAUUAUGUGACUGUUGUUGUUGAAAUUGUGUAAUGAAGAAAAUGGAUAACUGAUUAACUAAUUAAGCAUCGAACGAACGAACACUCCUAGACAACGUGCAUAGUACAACUCGUUCUCCUGUCCUGUCCUAGUUCUCCCGCCUCCUGCUCUCCUGCUCUUUGUUUGUUUAGUUGUUAGGUUUUUUUCGAGAAUGCAAAGCAAACGAAUUACAAAAUGCGAUUCGGAUUAUACAAUAGCCUUAAGUUGUAAUUUAUAGUAAUGUGUAUUUUUUAAAUAAACUUAUGAGCAUUUGAUACAAAGUGAA